AUGGACGGCCCUUUGAAGGAGCUCUCGAGAUUAGAGAAACUUGCCUCAGGUGCCCCCGCAGGCAAGGCGAAGGCCCCUUCCAUCGACCAGUCACUCGACGCCCUCUUAGAGUCCCUCCGCAACGCGAAGGAGCGGUUCCAGAACGGUACGGGGUCGCAAGUUACGCUACUCUCUCUUGCGAAGACUGUAGAGGAUAAGAAGAAGGAAAUUGACGAAAGGCAGAAGGAAGUGUACAAUGCGCUUGCGAAGGUCGGGAAAGCAUUGGAUAAGAAAUUCACGAACCCACUACCAUCGUACGAACCAUUGUUUCAGUCGCCAGAAGCGAAGCUCGCCCUCGAGCGCACCAUUGCGAUGCAUUUCCUACGGACAGGGGGGUUUGAGACAGCAGAGACGUUUCUCGGAGAAUCGAAUGUCACUAUAUCGCCUGAGCAUCGAGUGCAAUUCAUGGACUUGCACCGAAUUAUGACUGCCUUGCGGCAGGGUGAUAUAGCUCCGGCUCUGGAGUGGGCUCACUGCCAUAGAGAAUUCCUUCAGAAGCGAAACUCCUCCUUGGAAUUCCACCUACAUCGGUUCCAAUACCUCCGGCUGGUGCUCUCUCAUCCUCCCGACAUCAAUGCUGCACUCGCGUACUCCCACGCCCACCUUGCCCCCUUCUUCAAUCGCCACCGGGUAGAAGUGCAGAGGCUGUUGACCUGCGUGCUGUAUCUGCCCUUGAGCAAGCUGCUGACGUCGCCAUACGCGGACCUUGCGGACCCUUCGGUACAUUCUGACCUGCAGAGCAUGUUUGCCACCGAAUACUGCGCCGACCUCGGUAUGAGUAGGCAAGCGCCGCUCCGUGUCAUCGCUGACAUUGGUGGUGGCGGGGCAUUGGCGCGCAUCGAGAAGGGACGGAAGGUGAUGCGAGAGCGCAAGAGCGAGUGGAGCCAGACAGACGAACUUCCUGUGAGUAUUGAGAUACCCUUGCCUCCGGAGAACAGGUAUCACUCUAUCUUUGCUUGCCCAGUGUCGAAGGAACAGUCGACGGAGGCCAAUCCGCCGAUGAUGUUAGCCUGCGGGCAUGUAAUCACCAAAGACAGCUUGACGAAGCUAAGCAAGCCGGGAGGUCGGGUGAAGUGCCCGUAUUGUCCAGCCGAGUCGACCAUCCAGUCGGCUUUGCGCGUAUAUUUCUGA